AUGGUCGGAGCUGCAUCCAAGUCAGGCAGCAGCAUGCCAGGUGGUUGGGGAAAGGGCGAGGAGCAGAAGUCAACAUACUCGGUCGAGCAAGAUAUCCAAGACCAUGGCGACAACCUCGUCGCUGGUGUUAUUGGCAAAACCGGUGAGGUGGUAGACGAGACCGGCAAGACUGUUGGCAAGGUCACGGAAGGCGAAGCCGGAGAACUUGUCGGCAACGUCGUCACCGCGACAGGCGAUAUCAUCGGCAAGGACGGCGGUGUCAUCGGCAAAGCUCUUCCUCUCGGCGAGCUGACGGAAGGCGGCGACUCCAAGGAGGGCGGCGGCUUCAGCAUCAUGGGCGCUACCAAGGGCGUCAAGGGCAUUGUCGAUACUGUCGACGGCACUGUUCAGACCAUCAACCGCACAUUACCGCUUGUCGGCGACUUGACCAAGGGCAUCGGUCUGGGUGAAGGCCAGGGAGGUGUGCUCGGCGGCGUCCUAGGUGGUCGUCAAGAUGAGAAGGGCUCUCAAGGUGGAUUACUCGGAAACACCUUGGGCAACGUCACUGGAGCUCUGGGUGGUCAGUCCGAAAAGGGCACAUCAUCAGACAAUGCCCUCGGGGGCCUCCUUGGAGGUGUUUUGGGUCAGAGUCAAAGCGGCGGCCCUCUUGGUGGCGUUCUUGGUGGCACUGAGCCCUUGAACCGCGAUCAGUCCGUCACCGACAAGGACGAGAAGCUCACCCAGCUGCUUGCUGAGCAGAAGGAGGAGGCAGACGAUAAGGCCUCCUUGACCGAAAACGCGAAGCAAAACCUCUUCGAAGACAACGAGACGACCUCAGAGGUUGCCCCAAUCGAUCUUCAGGAUGUCGAAAAGUCGCAACACGACCUCGAUGGUAAGCUCACCACCGGCGGAGAGAACACCCAAACAGAGACUGAAGAUUCCCAAGGCGCCAAGACAGAUCUCACAGAGCAAUCAACAGUCGACGGCAAGGAUGACUUGCAAGAGGUGGAUGCCGAACCUAUCGAGGAGGCGACAGAGAUCGACGAGACUGUCAAGGAUGACGCGACUGAGAAGGUUGGCACUGCCAAGACUGACGCCCAGUCCCGCGUUCCCGAUGACAUCGCCACUCUCGAUAUUCCCGUCUCACAGAUCCCCGAUGGUUUGAAGAGUGAGCUUCCGGAAGAUGUCCAGACUGCCGACAUUCCCGUCUCACAGAUUCCCCUCGAUGCUCAAUCGAAGCUCCCCACCGACUUGGUUUCCAAGUUGCCCUCGGAUCUGGCUUCCCAGGUCGAGGACGCCAAGUCUGGCGCCGAGACUCCCCGCGAAUCUGACGCGACUGAGGACUGGGCUAACCAGCAGAACCCUGAGGAGCAAUUCGAAGUUCCCGAGGACGCUCAGACUGGCGAGUUCCCCAAGACUGAGGGGUUGACUGAGGGUGUUGAGGGUGUUGAGGAGGGAGACGACUCGGGUGUGGAGGGUAUCGAGGAUGCCGCCGAGACCGCCACUGCAAAGACUGGCGACAUCCCCGACAUUGACGUUACCGCUGCGUCUGAGUCUGCUCCCAAGUCCACCAUCAAGGACGAUAUUAAGAGCGUCCUCAGCACGAUCCGCUCUGCCAUCCCCGCAGACCAAAGGACCGUCACGGUGUCUGGCGACAAGCUUCUCCAGCCUUUCGAGAAGUUUCCUGGCGCCGAGAUUGACGACGAGGGUAAAGUCAUCUUCGACAAUGCCUCCAUCGGCCGCAUCGCCGAGGGCAACCCUGAGGACCUUGUUGGUAUGACCAUUGAUGCCGAAGGCAACGUUGUAAAUGAGCGUGGCAGCAUCAUUGGCAAGGCUGAGCUUAAGUCCGAGGUUGCGGAAGAGCUCCUCAAGGAUACCAUCGAUUUCUCCAUCCUUAGGGGUGCCAAGGUCAACAAGGCCGGCAACCUCGUCAACGACAAGGGUGAGGCUGUGGGUCGCAUCGUCUCCGGCAUUCUCAAGCAUCUGGUUGGCCGAAAGGCCAACGAGCUUGGUGAGAUCUGGAACGACGGCGGCAAGGUCAUCGGCAAGGCAGAGCCCAUUCCUGAGACUGAGCGUGAGGAGCUCAGUGAGCCUGCGCCCUUUGAAGACUUCCCUGGCGCUACUGUUGAGUCCAACGGCCACGUCCUCUUUGAGGGUGACAUCGUAGGCCGUGUCAUCGAAGGUGACCCGAAGAAGCUUAAGGGCAAGAAGGUUGAUGACGAUGGUGAUAUCCUCGACAGGAGCGGCAAUGCCAUUGGCAAGGCUGAGCGCUGGGAACCCGAAUCUGAGCCUGAGCCUGAACCAGAGGCGGCUGUCGACAACUCUGCCCUCGCUGGCAAGCGCGUCAAUAAGGCCGGCAAUGUCGUCGACAAAGAUGGUACUAUCUAUGGUCGCAUCAUCGAGGGUGACAUCAAGCGCCUCAUCGGUCGCAUGUGCGACAAGGACGGUAACGUCCGCAGCGAGUCCGGUGACAUUAUCGGCCGAGCUGAGCUUGUCGCAGAGAGUGACCGCGAAGGGGCCAAGGAAGGUAUUUUCGCUGAGCUUCCUGGCUGCACCGUGGCCAAGGACGGUACCAUUGUUACCCCCGCUGGAGACAUCGUCGGUCGUCUUGUCCAGGGUGAUGCCAAGGUCCUCUUCGGUCGCCCAAUUGAUGAAGAUGGUGAUAUUCUCGACCGCAACGGCAACUUGCUCGGCAAGGCCGAGCGCUGGGAGCCUGAAGCUGCCCCUGAGAGACAGAAAGGCCCUAUGGAGGGUCGCAAGGUCAACCGCAGUGGCGAGAUCGUCGACGAGGAUGGUGAUGUGAUCGGCAAGCUCACCUCUGGCGAGAUCAAGGCCUGUGCUGGAAAGCCCGUCAACGAGGACAAUGACGUUGUCGAUUCCAAGGGACGAGUGGUUGGUCACGUCGAGCUUCUCGAGGACAUUCCUGAGCCUAAGGGUCCUAUGGAAGGUAAAGUUGUCAACAAGGAGGGUUUGGUUGUCAGCGAUAACGGCGAGACCCUUGGCAAGCUCACCAGCGGUGAGCUCAGCAUCUGCGCUGGCAAGAAGGUCAACGAGGAUAACGACGUUGUUGACUCCAAGGACCGUGUUGUUGGCCACGUGACCGCCAUCGCUGAUCUUCCUCAGAAGAAGGGACCGAUGGAGGGUCGCAAGGUCAACAAGAACGGCGAGGUCUGUGACGAGGAUGGAAACAUCAUCGGCAGACUCACUACUGGCGAGAUAACUAUUUGCGCCGGCAAGGAGGUCAACAGCGACAGCGACGUUGUCGACUCAAAGGACCGUGUUGUUGGACACGUAACUCUUGUUGAGGAUAUUGUCGAGGAGGAGGAGGCGCCAGAAGAGACAGAGGAGGAGAAGCAGGCUCGCAUCGAGGCCGAGGCCGAUCGUAAGCUGGCCAAGAAUCUCGGAGCCUUGAUCGAGCAGGGCCUGGAUCGUCUCCGUCCCAUCUGCAAGUUGAUCACGCAGAAGAUUGAGGCUGCUGAGCGCCAGCCAAAGGAAGAGCGUGACGAGGAGCAGCUGGUGAAGGACGUCAAGCCUCUCAUUGAGGAGGGUGGCAAGCUCUUGACUGAGCUAAAUGGCAGUGUCCGCGCUUUGGACCCUGACGGACGCAUCCAGCAGAACGCCAAGGCCAAGUCCCAGACUCGUGAGGCUACUCCCGAGGAGCAUCACCUCGCCGAGGUCCUAAAGGAGUUGACUGGUACUAUCACGGAAACUGUCGAGGGUGCCAAGCGCAAGCUUGAGGAUCUGCCCAAGGCCAAGGCUGAGCUUAACCCUCUCUGGGGACUUCUCACUGAGCCUUUGUUCCAGAUUCUGGCUGCUGUCGGUCUUCUGCUGACUGGUGUCCUCAACUUGGUCGGUCGUCUUCUCAACGGCCUAGGGCUUGGCAGGAUUGUUGAUGGCCUGCUCGGUACCUUGGGUCUCAACCGUCUGCUCGAUGGCCUUGGCCUCGGCAGCUUGACAAAGGCUCUUGGUGGUGGUAAGAAGAAAUAA